CUACUACCGCCCUUGUCUGCAUUACCACUUGGGCCGUCUGCAGACCAUAGAACGCCAUGUUGACGCAGCCGCUACCGUUGCCAUGGGGCACGAAAGAGCUCGCCACGCAGGACCCGUGGCAGUUCCUGAAGCCCAGCGACAAGAUGAGAAUCGAGCAGCAGAACAUCCCGUUCGACGGCAAGAAGAAUUGGUGGGUGCCCAAUGCCAAGGAGGGAUACGUCAUCGGUGAGCUGAAGGAGAGAUCGGGAGACAAGGUCACCCUCAUUGUCAAGGGCGAGGAGAAAGUGCUGAAGGAGGGUCAAGAGCAGCAGAUGAAUCCGCCAAAGUACGAGAAGGCAGAAGACAUGGCCAACUUGACCUACCUUAACGACGCCUCGGUGUUGCACAACCUAAGGCAGCGUUACUACGCCUGGAUGAUCUACACCUACUCCGGACUCUUCUGCGUCGUGAUCAACCCCUACAAGAGGCUGCCGAUCUACAUCGACCAGGUCGUGCAGGAAUACCGUGGCAAGCGUCGCCCAGAGAUGCCGCCACAUCUGUUCUCCGUCGCCGACAACGCCUACGCUGAGAUGUUGAUGAACCGUGAGGACCAGUCUAUGCUUAUCACAGGCGAGUCUGGUGCCGGUAAAACUGAGAACACGAAGAAAGUAAUUUCCUACUUCGCCCUUGUGGCGGCCUCCGGCAAAAAGAAGGAGGGUGAAGUGAAGGUAAGUCUAGAGGAACAGAUCGUGCAGGCUAACCCCGUGCUUGAGAGCUUCGGUAACGCAAAGACCGUCAGAAACGACAACUCUUCCCGUUUCGGUAAAUUCAUCCGCAUUCACUUUGGCCCAUCUGGAAAACUGGCUGGAGCCGAUAUUGAAUCUUAUCUGCUGGAGAAGUCACGUGUCGUCUCCCAGGCCCCGCUCGAGCGUAGCUACCACAUCUUCUACCAGCUGUCAUCUGGUGGCAUCGAAAAGACUAAAGGUGAGUGCUUGCUGCAAGAUGACGUCAGCACCUACUAUUUCAUCGCGCAGGGCAAGACGUUUAUUGAUGGAGUCGACGAUGGCGAGGAGAUGAGAUUGACCGACGAAGCUUUCGGCAUUUUGGGCUUCUCUGAUAAAGAUAAAUGGGAUAUCUACAAGAUCACCUCAGCUGUCAUGCACAUGGGAGUCAUGCAGUUCAAGCAGAGGCCCAGGGAGGAACAGGCAGAGGCCGACGGCACCGAAGCAGCCUGCAAGGUCGCCCAUGUCUUAGGCAUCUCUGAUGCUGACCUCGUCAAGGGCAUCCUGAAGCCGCGCGUCAAGGUCGGCUCAGAGUACGUUACCAAGGGUCAGACCAAGGAGCAGUGCUACAACGGUGUCGGCGCUUUGGCCAAGGCUAUUUACGACCGCAUGUUCCGCGCCUUGGUAGACAAUGUCAACAAGACAUUGGCCAUUGUUGGAAAGAAGCAGUUCUUCAUUGGCGUCCUGGAUAUUGCUGGCUUCGAGAUUUUCGACUUCAACGGCUUCGAGCAGAUCUGCAUCAACUUCACCAACGAGAAGCUGCAGCAGUUCUUCAACCAUCACAUGUUCGUUCUGGAACAGGAAGAGUACAAGCGUGAGGGCAUCGACUGGGUCUUCAUUGAUUUUGGUCUGGAUCUGCAAGCUUGCAUUGACAUGAUUGAAAAGCCCAUGGGAGUGUUCGCCAUUCUUGAGGAGGAAUCUAUGUUCCCCAAGGCCACAGACAUGACCUUCCUGGAAAAGAUGCAGGUCAACCAUCUCGGUAAAUCCAAGAGCUUCUCCAAGCCGAGACCGCCAAAGGCAGGACAGCAGGAGGCUCACUUCGGUGUUGUCCAUUACGCUGGCGUUGUCAACUACAACGUCAACCACUGGCUGGAAAAAAACAAGGAUCCAAUCAACGACACUGUGGCUACUACAUUCGCCAAGUCUCAUGGCAAUUUACUGCUUGCCCGCCUGUUUGCUGAUAAGCUGCAAGUCGAUGAAGACACUGGUGGCAAGGGAAAGAGGAAGAAGGGAUCAGCCUUCCAGACCGUGUCUGCUCUCUACAGAGAACAACUGAACAAGUUGAUGGGGGCCCUGCAUGCCACGGCUCCUCAUUUCGUGCGCUGCAUCAUCCCCAACGAGAACAAGGAAGGAGGUGUUCUUGAUGCCGCACUGGUCAUGAACCAACUGACCUGCAAUGGUGUACUGGAAGGAAUCCGUAUUUGCCGCAAGGGCUUCCCCAACAGACUGGUAUAUGGAGACUUCAAGCAAAGAUACAAGAUUCUGGCCCCAAAUGCUGUCCCAGAGGGAUUCUGCGACAGCAAGGAUGCUAGUGCAGCAAUUCUCUCCGAACUGCAAUGGGACACGAACAUGUACAAGCUCGGCCAUACCAAGGUCUUCUUCAAGGCCGGCUCUCUAGGUCAGCUUGAGGAAAUGCGUGACGACCGCAUCACUCGCAUUAUUACUCUCGCCCAGGCCUGGGUCCGUGGAAAGCAGACAAGAGCUCUCUUUAUAGUGAUGAAGGCCCAGCGUCUGGCAAUGACCGUCAUUCAGCGUAACGUCAGGAAGUACAUCCAGUGCCGCAACUGGCCAUGGUGGAAGCUGUACACAAAGGUGAAGCCCAUGCUGAGCAUUGCCCGCCAGGAGGAUGAGAUAAAUGCGAUGAAGGAAGAGUUCGAGAAGGUUAAAGAGGAGCUGGCCAAGGAAAUCAAGAUCCGCAAGGAGCAGGAGGAGCUGGUUGCCAAGGUGACAAAGGAAAAGGAUGACCUGUAUGCUCGCUGCGCCAACGAAUCCGAAACCAUUGCCGACAUUGAAGAGCGUGCAACCAAGCUGAUGCAGCAGAAACACGACCUGGAAUCCCACCUCCAGGAUAUGAAAGACCGUCUAGCUGAGGAGGAGCAGGGAGCUGCCUCUGUCGGUGAUGCUAAGAGAAAGGUCGAGGGUGAAUGCAGCGAUCUCAGAAGUCAGAUCGAAGAACUAGAGCGUGCCCUAAAGAAGAUGGAGAGCGAGAAGAACGCUAAGGAACACAAUAUCAAGCAGCUGAACGAAGAGAUCGCCAAGAUGGAGGAACUCAUUGCCAAGGGAAACAAAGAGAAGAAGAACCUUAGUGAACAACAGUCGAGAACUGGCGAGGAUCUUCAGAAGGAAGAGGACAAGUGCAACCACCUGAAUAAGGUCAAGGCCAAGCUGGAACAGACUCUUGAUGAAUUGGAGGACAACCUCGAACGCGAGAAGAAGGUCCGUGGAGACGUAGAGAAAGCAAAGAGGAAGGUCGAGGGCGACCUGAAGAUGACACAGGAGGCAGUAGAGGAGCUGGAGCAUGUCAAGCAGCAACUCGAGGAAAACGUCCGCAGAAAGGACAAGGAGCUUUCCGGCCUGGGCAGCAAAUGCGAGGAUGAACAAGGAAUCGUUCACCAGCUGCAGAAGAAAAUCAAGGAACUGCAGGGCCGCACGGAGGAGAUCGAGGAAGAGGUGGAAGCCGAAAGACAAGCCCGCUCCAAGGUUGAGAAGCAGAGGGCCGAUGCAAUUCGCGAGUUGGAGGAGCUCACUGAACGCCUUGAGGAAGCAGGAGGCGCCACCAGCGCACAAGUCGAGCUGAACAAGAAGCGUGAGGCUGAGUUGGCCAAGCUCCGUCGUGACCUUGAGGAGCAGGCUCUGCAGAACGAGGCUGUGGUUUCAUCUUUGCGCAAGAAGCAGAAUGACGCAAUCAGUGAGAUGGGUGAACAGAUUGACCAGCUUCAAAAGACCAAGGCCAAGAUCGAUAAAGAAAAGGCACAGGUAAAGGUUGAGCUGGACGACUGCAAGGCAAACAUGGAACACAUCAGCAAGAGCAAGGGACAAGCCGAGAAGUUGUCCAAGGCUCUCGAGAGUCAGUUGAGCGAGGCCAACUCGAAGCUUGACGAGUCUGCUCGCAUCAUCAACGACAUGAACUCGCAGAAGAGCAAGUCCAGCAACGAGAUCAACGACCUACAGAGGCAGCUGGAGGAAGCCGAGUCUCAGGUUACCCAGCUUACAAGAGUCAAGGCCCAACUAGCUUCUCAGCUGGAGGAGCUGCGCGGACAAGUCGACGAGGAGUCGAGGGCAAAGGCGUCCAUGCAGGCCCAGCUGCGCAAUGCUCAACACGAUGCCGAGCAGCUGCGCGAACAGCUAGAAGAGGAGGCUGAAGGCAAGAGCCAACUGCAGAGGCAACUGGCCAAGGUCAACAACGAGUUUAACACCCUGCGUGCGCGAGUUGAGAGUGAGGGUCUAGGAGGUGGUGGACCAGAGGCCGAGGAGCUUAAGCGUAAAUUCCAAGCCAAGCUCCAGGCAACUGAGGAUGCCCUCGAGGCAGCUCAUGCUAAGAUCAACCAACUGGAUAAAACCAAGCAGCGCAUCUCAAACGAUCUGGACGACAUGUCCAUUGAAGUUGAGCGUGCGACCAGCGCAGCCAACGCCGCCGAGAAACGCCAGCGCAACUUCGACAAGACCAUCCACGAGUGGAAGCAGAAGAGCGAUGAUCUGGCAGCCGAGCUUGACGCCUCCCAGCGCGAAUGCCGCAACGUCUCCACCGAACUGUUCAAGGCGAAGGCAGGACACGACGAGGCAAGCGAUGCUGUGGAAGCCAUGAAGCGCGAGAACAGGAACCUCGUUGACGAGAUCAAGGACAUCACUGAUCAACUCAGCGAGGGAGGCAAGAGCGUCCACGAGAUGGACAAGGCCCGCAGGAGACUCGAGCAGGAGAAGGAGGAACUGCAGGCAGCGCUGGAGGAAGCCGAAGCCGCCUUGGAACAGGAAGAGUCCAAGGUCGUCCGUGGUCAACUCGAAUUGCACCAGAUCCGCCAGGAGGUUGACAGACGUCUCGCCGAAAAGGACGAGGAGUUUGAGACGACCCGCAGAAACCACCAGCGCGCUGUUGACUCCAUGCAAGCCAGCCUCGAAUCCGAGGCCAAGGGCAAGGCGGAGGCGAUGCGCAUGAAGAAGAAGCUUGAGAAUGACAUCAACCAGCUGGAGGUCGCUCUUGAUUCAUCCAACCGCCAGAACGCCGACGCUCAGAAGAACCUCAAGAAGCUGCAGAGCGAGGCCGCCGACCUGAUGUCGCAGAUUGAGGAAGAACAGCGCAUCAGGGAAGAGAUCCGCGAGCAGCUUGGAGCCAGCGAGCGCCGCUGCAAUGUCAUCAAUGCUGAGCUAGAGGAGACGCGUACUUCCCUGGAGCAGGCAGAGCGCAACCGCCGCGCGGUCGAAGCCGAGUUGAACGAGGCUCAGGAUCAUUUGGGAGAUCUCCAGAGCCAGGUCGCAUCUUCCAACGCCGCCAAGAGGAAGCUGGAGGGAGACAUGACGACCAUGCAGGCCGAUCUUGAUGAGACCGUCAAUGAGCUCAAGGCUGCUGAUGAGAAAGCCAGAGGUGCCGUUGCCGAUGCAGCCCGCUUGGCAGAGGAGCUGCGCCAGGAGCAGGAACAUGCUAGCCACGCUGAGAAGGCCCGCAAGUCUGUAGAAGGUCAGCUAAAGGAUCUGCAGGUCCGUCUGGAUGAGGCUGAAGCCAACGUGCUGAAGGGAGGCAAGAAGAUGAUCGCCAAGCUGGAACAGCGCGUGCGCGAGCUGGAGAGCGAGCUGGAUGCUGAACGCCGCCGCCUCAACGAAGCCCAGAAGAACUACCGCAAGGCCGACCGCAACGUCAAGGAUCUGUCCCUGCAAAUCGAGGAUGGCAAGAAGAAUCAAGUUCACAUGCAGGACAUGCUGGAGCGACUCAACGAGAAGAUCAAGCUCUACAAGCGCCAGAUCGACGAGGCCGAGGAGGUGGCCAACAUGAACCUGGCCAAGUUCCGCAAGGCGCAGGCUGAGCUGGAGGAGGCUGAGGCACGCGCUGAGGAUGCGGAGUCUGCCGUCGCUAAGCUGAGAGUUGCUGCACGCUCUGCCGGAUUUUCUACGCGCUCUGCUCCAACCCGUCGUCCAAGGAUGAUGGAAGAAUAAGGAACCGAAGCCCGGUUUCCGCGUUUGCCAUAGUGCUGAUAUCCAUUUGCUUGCACGAUUGGACCCCCGUGGCUGCCUGCUCUUUGUUCACAACAUGGUAGUGGCUGGGCUACGGCGCGGGUCCUCCGCUACAGACAGCCGUCUUUAUUGCCGCCAUUGCAUAUAGUGCCUUAGCAAACGAUCUCAUAGUCACGUAAACGUGACGAGAAUAUUCGGCUGAUAAAAAUAAAUUUGUAGCUGUAAAGCUGCUAAAAGUGUAGAUACAAAACGCCUUUAUCCUACGGGGACUAGCUGUCGCUAGACAUGUAUGGUUUGUCAAUAAAUAGCUUCAUCGUAAUUCUGAUU